CUGAAAUAAUUACAGUAUAUACGAUUCUUUAAUUAUAUUACAAAACUUAAACAAUAAAAUAUUCCAUUAAACUCCCAAUUAAAUAUGAAACGAGCCUAACUGUUAUACCCAAACAAACAUGCAAUGAGCUAGUUGGUUUUACUCUAUACAUUCAAAUUAAAUUUUUUUAAUGUCCUGGCAGAUGCGAUGCAGAUUCUCCAGUAUUUGUUCAAUAAGGAUAACCCUAAUUGUAAUGGCAAGUAUUGUACUUGGAACCCUGUACUGUCGAAUACUGGGCAUGCAAGCUUCAACCCACCUCACAAGACCUGGUAAGACUGUCACACAAUCACCUAAUAUCUCAAACCCAAUGCAAGAUCUGCCUUGGAUGAUGAUUCAAGAUACUGGACAACUCCCCAAUACAGAGGCAAGCACCUUGAUCAACGAUGAGUCCAAGAUUUAUCAAUAUACUCCAAAUAACAUUAGGCCUAUUGUCCCAAAAAAACGUAACCAAGUAAAUGCUAACGCUUACAAAAUAGAGCUAACAGAUGACAUAGGGGAUGACAUUCAAUCAAAUACUAAGCAACAACAUCUGGAACAAAUCCUGGAAGGUGUUGAACGCAUUCAUAAAGCAGCACGUGCCUACAUGGAAAAAAUUGGGUAUGACCCACCACAAAGGAAAAAUUUCCUCCAAACCAAAUGGCAACAGGCAAAAGAUCAACAAAAUACUACAAAAAUAAACAGUGCUGAUCAAAUAUACACUCAAGAGAUAAAUAACACACACCACAAAAGCAAACUGCAGGAAACUAAUGUAAAUUUUCAACAUUUCCGAAGACAUGUUCUACCAGGCACCCAUGACAGUGCAAAUAUCACUUAUUAUAACACACAAGAGGAAAGAUCCACUCACAACUCCUUCACAGAAAAUUCAUGUGAUAUACUGCUAAACCUUGCUCCUUGUUCGUGUACACGUCACUUGACGCCUGCAACACCAUGUCCAAAUGAGACAAUAGGGCAAAGCCAAAUACAUACAAAAAUAUACGACGAAAUGAAGGAAUCAACAUGCAAUGACUGGGCGACUAUGCGAGGAACUAAUCAGUCUGUAGUAAGCUUUAGCUUAUUUGGCAAAUUCCCGAGCUCCUACUACAGUGGAGCUUUUACUCUGAUGCAGAGGCUAUCACGGGUGUACCCGGGUUGGUCAGUUCGGUUUUAUCACGACCUGGACUUCUCCGACCCAGUCAAGAAGAAGUGGAUGUGCUCCCUUGCAUGCAAAUACAAACAGCUAGAUUUUUGUUAUGUUGGAAAUCUCCCGGGAGACCUUGGUGACAUACAGUGGACAAUAGGAACCGUUUGGAGACUAGCUGUGAUGGGAGAUCCACUGGUACAGAGAUUUAUCAUACGGGACACCGACUCCCCUAUUUUACAGCGUGAAGUUGAUGCCGUACAAGAAUGGCUGAAUUCUGAUAAGUGUUUCCAUAUGAUGCGGGACAACCCAGCACACAGCGAGGCUAUCAUGGGAGGCACAUGGGGAGGUUGCGGCACCUGGCACCUUGAGGCAAUGCCACGACUGAGGGACCUUGUGUUCAGAUGGUCAAAAAACAAGUCCAGAGUGUCACAGGACCAAAUCAACGUUGUGCAACUACUGUGGCCAACUCUGAAGAAAAGUCAUCUUGCCCACGAUGCAUAUUGGUGCCACAAAUUCCCUGGCUCUCGCCCGUUCCCUUCCAGAAGACAAAAUUACACUUUUGUGGGCAUGAGAUCAUUCAGGGCUGAUUAUUCUGGUGACAGAAUCCAUGAACCUUGCCCUAUACAGUGCAGACCGGCUCACCAUAAGGACUGGAAAUAUUGCUAAGCAUAAAAAAAAAAAAACAUCAUUUUGCCCGAAACGCAUUGCGUAAUAGUGGCUUUAGGCAUUGUAUGUACUAGCUCUAUCUAUAUAUCAAUCCUUUAAUGUAACAUCACUUGUAUGUAUGUACCUUACCUGAAUAAACAUAUUUAUUUAUAUUUAUUUAUCAGCACACACAUGGGCAUACGUGAUGAUACUCACAUUUUCACAAAUCCUGAUGUACUCAAAACAUGCAUGCGCAUCUACACGCAAUUGCAUACACACAAGGAAACAAAAAACAAAAAUAACAAAGACUGGAAAAAUGGACACACUAAGGACAGACAUAUAUUAGUAGCAUCUGGAGAGCAUUAAAUAGGCUGUUUGAAAAUGGCUAACCAAAUGGUUAGAGUAAGCAAAAUGACCACUGAGGUGUUAUGGCAAUUGCACAGUCAAAUAAGCAGCAACUCAACAGUAGAAGACCAAGUUAUUAGAUUGAAAUCAAUGGAAACUUCCUCGGUUCAAGUGACAAGAUAGUCUGCAAAGACAUCAACAGGAGCUUCCAGAGACUCAAAGUAGAGCCAGAAUGGAAGGCUGGUGGAUAAUGAUAAUGGAAAGCCAGAAGUCAUUAUGUAGGAUAUAGUAGUAGUAACUGAAGAGAUAAUAAAAAUCACCUGGAAGAAUUAGAUGUAAGCAAAGCAAUAGGACCACACAAGAGUUUUGUCAUGUAUAUAGAAAGAGGCAACAGAGAUGCAAUGUAAUACUGAGUCACAAUAAUGUGGCUCAAGAUAUGAUGACCAAACUACACAUCAGAAAAUGGAGACACGACGACGUUUUGGUCCGUCCUGGACCAUUAUCAAGUUGCGUGACAAGACUUGAUAAUGGACCAGAAUGGGCUGAGGCGUAGUCUUUUCUCCAUUUUGUGACAUGUGGCUUGGUCAUCACAUGACAUAAUCCUCUAAGGUCUAUACUGUACCGUUUCAUUAGCCAAUACAGUAUAUAGAGAAGUCACAAAAACCUGGAAGACAGCAUGUAGUGUCCAUACUGAAGAAAGAAAAGAUAUAUGCUCCUUAGAAGAGGAGCAAGAGAAGGAUCCUCUUGUGUAGUGUGGAUUGCAGCAGGAUAAAAGUGAUGAAAACCCCCAGGAUGAAGCUGGUGUGAGGACUUGAGUACACAUAUGACUCUGGGGCCAGAUUCACGAAGCAGUUACGCAAGCACUUACGAACCUGUACUGUACAUCUUUCCUCAAUCUUUGACGGCUUUGGUUACAUUUAUUAAACAGUUUACAAGCAUGAAAA